AUGUCCAAGCAAAAUGUUCUCAUAACUGGGGCUAAUCGCGGUGUUGGGAGAGGGCUUGUCGCAGCAUUUUUGCAGAAGUCGAAUACAACCGUCAUUGCUGCGGUUCGGGAUCCAAAGAACCCAUCCUCAGCCAGCCUCUCUGCGUUGCCCAGAGGACCCGGCUCCAGAGUCAUUGUCAUCACGCUCGACACAGCCGACGAAGGCGCAGCCGGUUGCGCGAUUCAAGCGCUUCAGACAAAGUGUUCGAUCGAUUUCCUAGACAUCGUCAUCGCCAAUGCUGGCAUCAAUCAAGACGGCAAACCGGUCUUAGACACCUCCGUUGCUUCGAUCCACCGGCAUUUUGCAGUGAACACGCUCGGAUCUGUGACCCUUUUCCAGGCCACCGCACCACUACUCCGGUCAAGCUUGAGCGGCCGCCCAGUAUUCGUCGCCAUCUCGUCCAAUGUAGGGAGCAUUGCGGGCAUGGACAUCAUGGCAGGCAUGUCCAACACAAGCCCUUACGGUGCUAGCAAAGCAGCCCUGAAUUGGUUUAUGCGAAGGAUUCACUUUGACGAAGAUUGGCUCAUUACCAUGGUCCUCAAUCCAGGUUUUGUUAAGACUGACAUGGUUGCCGAGACCACUAAAGGCCUUCCUUUUAGUCCUGAGGAUAUGGGUGCUAUAACGAUCGAGGAAAGUGCAGCUGGACUUGUGAAAAGGAUCGAUGAAGCUACGAGGGACGGAGCCGGCGGAACAUUUCAGAACGUUGAUAGUGAGAAGAUCCCUUGGUGA